GGCGGAUACAUUGCAGUUAUUAUGUUUGGUUGCUCUGUCAUAUUGUCAUUGUGUUGCAUGAAAUCAUUCAAUUAAUUAUUUCAAUUAGUCCGCAAGUAAUCAUAAUGUGACCCCCUUUUUUCUCAAAACCAACCCUCGAGUAGGCUGUGCGGCUGUGCCUGAUGACACUAAUGACAGUUAAAACAAUUUUUUUUUUUGGAAAAUUUUGGCUAAAUUGUGACAACAACCCCUUGAAUAACACUUACAGUCUAACAAUAAUCGGUUUAGAAAAACGGGGUAAAUAUGCCAAAUCAGGUGAAGACAGCCCCCACAAUGCCACUCUCUGGUGCCAAUUGACCAUUCGCCAUGUCAACGACGGAGAACAACCGGUACAUUGUGCAAGUGUACGUGGGGGCCUUGUCGGCGCUCUAUGAAGCCUUGUCAGUGGAAGCCAGCAAACAAACCACGUCCGAAGAGAUCGUUUCGUGUAUUGUGGAACGACUCUUGCUCAAUGAAAACGUCACCUAUGAGUUGGCCGAAGUCAUAGGAGAUGACUUUGGAGAGGACUGCAAGGAGCGCCGGUUGGCCCCCUCCGAAAAUCCGGUCCAGGUGAUGAUGCUCUGGCCCAAAAACCGCACGGAUCAAUCGUCAUACAGGUUCUACCUCCGCGAGAAGAUAAGCGACUUUGGAUGGCAGGACCAGUUCGUAAUGGACCCCCAACUCAUUAAAGACUACUUCCACCGUUUUCUCUACCAGCCAAAAGACCGGGAAUACCCCGAUUUAUGCCAAUUGCCGGACUUGAACGAACAAACAUUACUCGACAAUCUUCGUGCACGUUUCGUUGCCGGUCACAUCUACACAUACGUUGGCUCGAUUCUAAUCGCACUCAAUCCGUUCAAAUUCUAUCCAAUUUACAAUCCGAAAUAUGUGAAAUUGUACCAAAAUCGCAAACUAGGCCCGAAUUUACCACCUCAUAUAUUUGCUGUUGCUGACACAGCCUACUACUGUAUGCUAAAAGAUCGCAAAAACCAAUGUAUUGUCAUAAGUGGCGAAAGUGGUUCGGGAAAAACCGAAAGUACAAAUUUUCUCCUCCACCACUUAACCGCCUUAAGUCAGAAAGGUUCACACGGUAGUGGAGUGGAACAGACAAUUCUAAGUGCCGGUCCUGUAUUGGAAGCAUUCGGAAACGCUAAAACAGCACACAAUAACAAUUCAAGUCGUUUCGGAAAAUUCAUCCAAGUUAAUUACAAAGAAAACGGAAUGGUUCAUGGAGCCGUUGUCCAGAAAUAUUUACUUGAAAAAUCGCGAAUUUGUUCACAAGGGCGCAACGAACGCAAUUAUCACGUUUUCUACUAUUUAUUAGAGGGCGCCACCGAACAAGAAAAACAAAUCUUGCAUUUAAAAACCCCCGAUCAGUAUUACUACCUGAACAAAUCAUGUCAUUCGUUGGAAAACGUUGACGAAAGUUACGAAUUCUCCCGAUUGAAACAAUCAAUGGAGAUGGUGGGUUUCACCGCUGAAAAACAACGUCGAUUGUUUUCGGUACUUUCCGCUGUGUUGUUGCUAGGCAAUGUUGAAUUUCAACCACGACGACCGGCGUACCAUCACGACGAAUCAGUCGGUGUAAAAAAUCCCGAAGUUGUGUUUUUAAUUUCGGAAUUGUUGCGUGUCAAACAAGAGACACUAUUGCAAGCUUUAACGGCGAAAAAAGCACGAGCAUCGGGGGAAACCCUCGUUAUUACGUAUAAAUUACCCGAAGCUAUAGCAAGUCGUGAUGCGAUGGCUAAAUGUUUAUAUGGAGCACUUUUUGAUUGGAUUGUUUUGCAAGUGAAUCAUGCCCUAUUGUCCAAGAAGGAUACGUUAAGGGAACAUCAAGGGAAUUCGAUUGGUGUUUUGGAUAUUUUCGGUUUUGAAGAUUUCGGAUUGAAUAAUAGCUUCGAACAGUUGUGUAUUAAUUACGCCAAUGAACACUUGCAGUAUUAUUUUAAUCAGCAUGUUUUCAAAUAUGAACAAGAAGAGUACCGGAAGGAGGGAAUUCGUUGGAAUAACAUCGACUUUAUGGACAAUACCGGAUGUCUACAGUUGAUUGAAGGCAAACCGAACGGUUUAUUGUGUCUUUUGGAUGAUCAGUGCAAUUUUCCUGGGGCCACCAACGAGACCCUCCUCCAAAAAUUCAACACCGUACACAAAGACAACAAAUUCUACAACAAGCCGCAGAAGAAAGAAGGCGCAUUUAUCGUUGUUCACUAUGCUGGUAAAGUGAAAUACCAAGUGACCGAUAUGCGUGAGAAAAAUCUCGAUUUAAUGCGACAAGAUAUUGUCGGUGUUUUGAAAAAUAGCUCAAUGGCAUUUGUUCGUGAAUUGGUUGGUGCUGAUCCUGUUGCAGUAUUUCGUUGGGCUAUAGUACGGGCAUUUUUUCGCGCUUAUUUUGCAUUUCAUGAAGCUGGAAGAAAACAUCGACAAGGUCGCGUUGAUGGAAAUAAAAACAACAUACAACAGCGUUACCAACGCAAUCAUACCCCUAACGAAAAUAUUAUCAGCAAGCAACGAAACAUCCUCUCAAUCAAUAGACUUGGAAGAAACAACGAAAACAACGAAGUUCCUAGCAAUAAUAACUAUAACAGACUCUCUUGGCCGCAAUUUUAUCAACGAAAUAGAGCUGUAGGAGGCAUUGCUAGUAAUAAAACACUUGACGAUGAACGAAGAAGAAAAGAUUCAACAGGAAACAAUCCGAAUUCGGCAUUAGAAAGAGUGCUAUGUCCCGACGAAGCAAGAGCCAUUCAGAGAGCAAAUCAAAUUGUAAUGAAGAACAAGUCGUUUCGUCCACGUGAGCGUAGCAAGAAGGGUUUGAAAAAUUUGCAAUCGGUUAAAACACUUGCCGGUCGUACCGGUAUAACUGCAACGAAUCAAGGUCAGCUUGGUAAAGCACGUAAACAACCAAUGACGGUAACGGCUCAAUUUCAACAAUCGCUUCAUUCGCUCAUGGAUACGUUGAAUCAGGCGAAUCCGUUCUUUAUUCGUUGUAUAAAAUCGAAUAGUAAUAAAAUACCGAAUCAGUUUGAUGAUGAAACGGUUCAAAGACAGUUGAGAUAUACUGGAAUGUUGGAAACGGUGAGGAUAAGACAGGCCGGUUUUAAUGUCCGGUUAACCUACGAUGAGUUUAUACAAUUGUAUCGGAUUUUGUUACCGAAAGGCUUGCUCAGUUCGCAAAAUGAUGUGCGACAUUUCUUAGCGACGCUUAACUUAGAUAGAGAUAAUUAUCAAUUGGGUGGCAGUAAAGUGUUUUUGCGCGAAUCAGAAAAGCACAAAUUAGAUUGUAAAUUGCAUCAACAGAUAAUGGCAAGUAUUAUUACGUUGCAAAGAUGGUUUCGUGUCUGUUUGGAACGAAGAAGAUUUCUCAGGAUUAAAAGUGCCGUCAUUACGAUACAGUCCUACUGUAGAAUGUUUCUAGUUCAGAAAAAUAUCAAAAAAUUGAAUGCUGUGCUCAAAAUACAGAAGGCUUGGAGAGGAUACAAGUGCCGCAGCGAUUGGUUGAAAAUUCGUGGAAAAAUCGUCACGUUUCAAGCUCAUUGUCGAGGGUUUUUGUUGCGAAAGAAAUUGCUUGCCGUUAAACCUUCCCACUACGAAAAUCUCUUCAAUUCGAACGAUUUGUCACGAAUCAAAGAUUUGGAUUCCGACGAAAGUGGUGACGGAGAAUUGGACGCACAUCAUAGCAGGCUUAGUUUGAGGUCAACUCUAUCAUUGCCAGCUCAUACGUCGCCAACUUAUUUUCUUUACAAUCAAAAUAACCGAUUGGAGAAUACAAAAAAGGAGGGUGUUAUUCUCGACGAAUCAAAACGAAAAAUCAGCAAAACACACAAAACGAUCGAUUAUUCCGAACUCGAUUACGAUCCACAGUCGCAUCAUCAUCGUAAAAACAGUGAUGAUUCGUUAACAUCUCCUCGUCAAAGUACCGAAUCACUUUUAUCACGUCAGAAAGGUGGUCCAAAACAAUGGUCAACACAAAGCACCGAUUCGGAAACAUUUUGUACACAUUCAGCUCCACCAACUGUUGGUAGUUUUUCAUCAGAGGAGGUGUUCAAAAAUGAGGAAACAACAAAACGACAAUUAACACGGGCGCCACCUGUUAGCGCCACUGGAUUAAAAAGUCUACCACCGGUACGACGAACAAAUCGCGAUAUCAUACGAACAAGUGACGAUAAAACAGACGUCUAUUAUGGAAAUGAUCACACACCGAACAAAUUAGAACAAAUUUUGGGUAAACCAGAAGUGCCAAGUCGUAGUGUGCGUAAAACAAAACGUGGUCACGUGAAGAGUUUAGGCGAAGAGGUGACAGACAGUGGAAGUUUGGACAAGAGUGCGAUUCUGGGAACAAUUGAAGAAACAAAAACUUUACACAAAGACGACUUGAUUAAACCAUCACUCACACCGAAACGACAACGUCACAAUAUCGCUUUGGAUCUACGACGUAGAAACAGUGAUCCGGCAACAAAAGCCAGUGUUAGUGACCUACCAACCGAUGAUUUCAAAUGGCAAAAGAAUAGUUUUUCUAUUGCCGGACAUACGUUCCGUAAAAUACAUCGUUUGCAAAAAGAUGAUUUGUGUGCGUUUUGUGGCGAAAAAGUCGAUGUUUUUCUCACACAUGUCUACAAAUGUUCCAAUUGCAAGAAACUAUUUCAUACGAAAUGCAUCCAAAAUCGCAGUGUUUGUAAAAUGCCAUGCGACCAAUCAUGUACGAGCAGUAGGCGGAAACAACGCAAACACUCCCGAACACCGUACGAUUUUGGCCGAUUUAACCUAACCGGAACGUCGGAAUUUACCGAUCGCAGCGAUCAAAUUAUCACAGGAACUGAAGAACUGACUUUAAUGCAACAAUUCAUCACCGAUAAAAUCAUGAAGAUUGAAAGCGAAGUCGGGGAAAAGCCAAGCGAAGUCGACCGUGUUUUCAAGCAAGCGUUGCGUGAGUUUAAAGAUAACUUGGUACAGAUAUACAGUGCGGCCACAAAACACGGGUUCGACGCCGGUUGUAUACGAUAUAAAGACUUGAUUAUGAAUUUCAUGCAAGCAAUGCAAACGGUUUGUCAAAGGGAACAAAAAGAAAACGAUGUUGAUUUUCCGGUAACAAUGGGUGUAAAUGCAUUCCGUGGCUUCAUGAACGAAUUCAUGUCGACACGAGCCGAAGAAAAACCGAAUAAAACCAAACGAAAAAAAGAGAAAAAACGCAAAUUGGAAACGUACAAACAUAAAGGUCAUACGUUCCUUUUGACAAUCAUUAAUAUACCGACUGCUUGCGAAAUUUGUAACUCGUUUUUCAUGUGGCCAAUUGAACGCGGUCUCGUGUGUCAAUCAUGUAAGCUGACGUGUCAUAAGAAGUGUUACACUAACGCGACCAAUUGCAACAAAGAGGAGGGAAGUGAGUGUCGUGUUUUUGGCGUACCGUUGGUAUCACUGAUUACGGAAAACAGUAAAGUCCCGCUUGUUAUUGAACGUUUGUUGCGUACGAUUGAAAUGCGUGGUAGUUACACGGAGGGGAUUUACCGAAAAUCGGGCGUUAGUUCGAAAAUCAAAGAACUCAAAUCGAAAAUGGACGAAAAUCCGGACGAAGUCGAUUUUGAAAAAUAUCAAGUGCACGUGCUCGCUUCAGUCCUCAAAUGUUUCCUUCGCGAAAUGCCAGAACCAUUGCUCACGUUUGAAUGCUAUGAGAAUUUCAUCACUGCUGCCAACCUCGAGGAUCCACAAGAUCGCGUAGCAACGUUAUACGAUAUUUUGAAAAAAUUGCCGCCGGCUAACUAUGAUUUAAUGGAACGGUUAGUGUUUCAUUUGGCACGUGUUGCCCUACAUGAGGAAGUUAAUCGAAUGAGUGCUGCCUCCCUUGCGAUUGUUUUCGCACCGUGCGUUUUACGAACUAAUAAAGUUGUGCCGGCUCAAGAUAGUUUGCAAGAUAUCAGCAGUCAAACGCAAUGCAUUGAAACUAUAAUUAAGGAACAGUUGCGUAAAGUUCGCGCCACCCUUGACGAUAUCGAUACUCUUGAUACGGCAUGUCAAGCCGCAACUAAUCGUUUAUCGUCGCUAAGAAGUUCCAAAGUGUUCAGUCCAGAAGAGUUAAUGCCGAGUAAUCAACCACAGCAGCAAAAUAACGAUGAGGAGCAUCUUCUAGUGGACCACAUCCAGGAGAUUCAGAAGGAGAAGGAACAUUUGACGUCGACGUUGCCCACACUAACACAUGCCAUGUCCGAUGAUGAUAUGUUGUCGACUGAUGGUGAUGGUAGUUUGGAUGAUAUUUCGUGCAUUGGUGAUGAUAAUAAUAAGGUUAGAUUACCAGUUGUUCGAUCCAUCUCGAGUGGCGAUGGUACGUUUCCGGUUAAAUUGAAAAGACAAUUGUCGUCGGAUGUUAAAGUUAUGGAAGAUUGUGAGGAUCCGAUUAUGGUGUAAAUUGUGUAUAUUUUUCUAGGUUUAGUACGUGUAACUGAAACGCUUAUUGAUGAUUGAAUUGUUUUAGUGAAAGUACUCGAUUGUUGUUCCUCUUAUAUUUUUGGACCAAUUAUACAGCGUGGACAAGUCCAUUUAUAUACAAGGUGAUUUGAAAAAAAUUGUAUAUGGCCCGAUUUUGAAAAUUAAAAAACUUAAUUAAGUGACUUAAUGUAGUAUAAGCUAUUGUGGGCUAUUCGUAACUUAUUAUUUUUAAAUUGGGACCCAUAUUUUCAUAGGUGUUAGUUUAUUUGAUAAAAAUAUGCAUAUUAUGUUUUAUUUUUACUAAAAGUUGUUAUUUAAAAAAAUAUAUUAAAGUUGAAAAAAGUUAACAAAAUCUAGUUGCAUAGUGUCAAUAAAAAUAUUGACAUUGCAAGAAUAUUAAAAAACAAUAGGCAGUAUUGCUUUUUGACUUAAUAAUGACAUUGUCUUAUUGUUACAACUAGAUUUUGUUACUUUUUUCAUAUUUGAUUUUUUUUAAACAAAAAAUUUUAGUAAAACUAGAACAUCUUGCACAUGUGCGAAAAAAACUAAUAUUUUUCAAUUAAUGAAAAAAAAAUAUGAAUCUAGCUCACAGUAUGCUAUGACAUUUACAAAAACUUUAAAAGCGUCAGCUUAUACCACAUUAACAGCCAUUUAAUAUUUUUUUAGUUAUUGAAAUAAAACUUCUAAGUCUGUCGUUUUUUUAAAAAUCACCAUGUAUUACAUCAAUAGAUUUUAACCCCAAUACUAUUUUCAAGUAUUUUUUUUAUUAUAUUGAUGUUUUUUAAUUAGACUUUUAUUAAUCUUGCAAAGUUUUUGAAAUCAUUAGAUUUAUUGGAUAGAAACUAUGUCUCUCUAAAAAUGUAUUGUUAAAAAUAAAAAAGUUAAUAAUCUUCUAAUAUAGAUUGAACAUUUUUUGAUAUGAAUUUUGUGCGUUACUUUUGAUUCAGUUAUUGUUUAAUAAAAGUUUAACUUGAAGACAUCAAAAUUAAUGGAUGAUGCGGGGAAUUACCUAUUAAUUUAAUGGACUCGUCCCAGCGAUGUUGAGCAUAUUGAACAAAAUGACCGAUCAAAGGCGAUUACUUAAAUUCCAAUACUCACACCGUUUUCUAUUUCUUAACCAAUCGGCUGUUGUGUAAAAUAAGCCAAAGCAAUAUUUUCAUUAUUGGUGCAAUUAUUCGAUUCGUUUAGGUUAGAUUGUUUAAGAAAUAAAAAAAGUCGUCUAGAUAUUUAUUCGUGAAUAUUUAUUGAGGAGAGAUGCAUUUUUAUAAAUUGUAUUAUUGUUAAAUAAGAAUUAUAUUCGUGUUUGUUGGUAAUAAAUCAUUACCACCACCACCGUUGUUGGGUCAUCAUCACAGAGUUAUGUAAAAUAUUGUUGACGUGAGAGUCGUAAGUUUAGCUAACCGUGCUUAAGUUAUAGUUCAUGUUUAGUUUACUAACAUUUUUUCUCUCUUUCUCUUUGUGCAUUUUUUAACCAUUCCACAAAAAUUUUAAGCUCAAAUGACUGCAUUCCUAUCUAUGUGAGCCUCCUCCACAAAUCGGAUUUGUUUUCAGGCUUUGCCAAUACAAGAUAGGGCAUUUCAGAACAUGACUGAAUUCAUAUUUCUAGGUUUCUCUCUUAAAUGUUGGUUAAGUAAACGUUUAUAUCUAAAUUAAUAAAUAUACCAAAUGUUAACAAUAAUGACACAGUUGUAUAUCAAUAUAAAUAAAAUACUCUAAAUUUAAUAUGCUAAUAUUUUGUAAAUAAAAAUUCCAAAUAUU